AUGGAUAAAAAAGAACUUGUAGAAGGAUAUGAACAAGAUAAGGAAUAUGAAACAUUUCCAGUUAGAAUUUUAGCAAUUUUUUUUGCAGAAUUUCAUCCAAUUCAAGGGCCACAAAUUGUCCAUCAAGUACCGCCUAAUGCAGUGACAUUAGAAGAAGGAGAAGCGAAUAAACGCCCAUUAUUUGAAUUUGAACCUAUAUCAGAAUAUAUUAUCCCUAAACGAAAGCUUUGUGAUCGCGUAGUAGCAAUUUGUACCAAUGGAUAUAGGAUUUUAGGACAUCCUGUAUGUAUUGUAGAUGGCACAUAUGAAAGAAAUGCACUGAUUUUUAAUUGUGCACUUGUAUUUCGAGAAGAGGAUGACAGCUCAUGUUAUAUACCUGUAGUGAGGCGGUUAGCAAAAGUAUUUAGAUCAUUAGAAGAACAAGGGAAUUUUAUAUCCAAAGAUAAAACAAAGAUGAUUAUUUAUAAUAUUAUUGAGCAGAUCAUGGAGGAUCUAAAUAACUACUGCGAAUGCAUGAUAUCUAUUGAUGAAUCAAAUACGAUUAAUAUCAAAUUGUUUCCAACAUUUUCGAAUCCCCCAAAAGUACUCCCGCAUCAAGUUCCUAUAUUGACAGUUCAACUGGAUUUGUUAAUGAAUGUUAACUGGGAUCUUACAGUCCGGAAGGUUGUUCCAUUUAUUGAUGGCAUUAAUUCAGUUAAAAGGAUUACUGAACUAGCAAAUGUUGAUUAUACAUUUAUUUGUCGAUGUAUGGAACAUCUUUUAUAUUAUGGAUGUUUAAUCAUCGUGGAUAUUUUCCAAUUUAGUAACAUGUAUGCACCAACACCAGAUAUUAAUAUGUUAGUUGAAGACUUGGCACUUCGUGAAGAAUGUCUUGCAUAUAUUUCUACACGGCAUGACGUUCCUUUAUCUUUUGCAUUUAUUUUUCAUUUAUACUGCUCUUUGCGACAAAGAAUUACAUUGAAAAACUGGAUAAUUGAAAAUAGACUAUCAUUGAGAGGAAUUGACAUACGUCGUUUUAUAUCUUUCGGAAUUAUAAAGGGAUUUUUAUAUAGGAUUCACAGAUACCCAUUUUUAACAGAAAAUAAUAGCUCUGAUAAUACAAAUGAAUCAUUAUUGAAAUAUUUAGACGGUACACAUAAUAUGGAUGAGAUUUGUACAGAAACAAAGAAGUCAAUUAAAGAAGUGGAAACUGAACUCAAAAGUUUUGGAAAAAUAGAUUAUAUACAUCGAUAA